AUCUGAGCUAACAUGGAAACUUAAAACUGCGGAUGCGAGAAUGUUUAUUAAUGUUUUUUAUGCGUUUUAUUCAUCUUAACCAAAGCUCACAGAUUACUUAAAAUUAAUUCAAAUAAAUGUAAUGUAUAUUAAUUAAGAAUUAUUAUUAUGGACAAAUGUGUUUUCAUUUUGCAUACAGGUGAACACUGGAUAAAGAAAAUUUGCAUAAAUUGAACCUGUUUAACUGAAACAGUUGAUCGAUGAGAUUUUCACCCAAUUACCUCACUGGACAGUUUAGAUCCCGCCUUCUUUACACUUGUCGUCCACUCUGAUUGGCUGCAUAACUCCGGCAGGGACAGGCUUUGUGUUUGGCUCUCCACAGCUGCGAGGAGGAGAAGUCCUUGUCAUCAUCUGUGAUGCUGUCCAUUAAGAAGUCAGACCCAGGCUCUUCCUCUUCUUCAGGGAGUAGCGGCGGUGACCGUGCCCCUGAAACCCUCUCUGCCCCUCAGGCGGGUGCAGCCGGUUCCUCUGGUCCAGGUUCUGCAGAUGUGAAAAAGAAAGAGAGAUCCUCACCGAGUGGAGAACCAGGCGGACCUCCUCUCUCACAUCCUCCUGGACCAGGAGGGAUUGAUCAGGACUCUGCAGAGGGACGCAGGACCAGUCGCCGCAAGCGAGCAAAGCAGGUGGAGUACAGGGAGAUGGACGAGAGUCUUGCAAAUCUUUCGGAGGACGAGUAUUACUCAGAGGAGGAGAGGAACGCUAAAGCCGAGAAAGAGCGAAAGCAGGUGAUUCCUCCACCUGCCCCACCAGUAGAGGAGGAGAACGACAGCGAGCCUGAGGAACCAUCAGGUGUGGAGGGUGCCGCCUUCCAGAGCCGUCUCCCACAUGACCGUAUGACAUCACAGGAAGCUGCAUGUUUUCCUGACAUCAUCAAUGGACCACAGCAUACGCAGAAAGUAUUCCUUUACAUCCGGAACCGCACGCUUCAGCUCUGGUUGGACAACCCCAAAGUCCAGCUGACUUUCGAGGCCAGCGUGCAGCAGCUAGAAGCACCAUACAACAGUGAUGCUGUCCUGGUGCACCGUAUACACAGCUACCUGGAGAGACAUGGGUUUAUCAACUUCGGCAUCUACAAGAGAGUAAAGCCUCUGCCAACAAAGAAGACAGGAAAGGUGAUAGUAAUUGGAGGCGGGGUGUCAGGGUUGGCAGCCGCACGACAACUGCAGAGUUUUGGAAUGGAUGUAACUGUUCUGGAGUCGAGAGAUCGUGUUGGAGGACGAGUGGCCACUUUCCGAAAAGGGAACUAUGUAGCUGACCUGGGUGCUAUGGUGGUGACUGGUCUAGGUGGAAACCCGAUGGCAGUAAUCAGCAAACAGGUCAACAUGGAGCUGGCCAAGAUCAAACAGAAGUGUCCGCUCUAUGAGGCCAAUGGACAGGCUGGAGAGCGCUGCACAAGUGUCCCUAAAGAGAAGGAUGAGAUGGUAGAGCAGGAGUUUAAUCGUCUGUUAGAGGCCACAUCGUACCUCAGCCACCAGCUCGACUUCAACUUUCUCAACAACAAACCUGUGUCUCUGGGACAAGCCCUGGAAGUUGUCAUUCAGCUGCAGGAGAAACAUGUGAAAGACGAACAGAUUGAACACUGGAAGAAAAUUGUGAAGACUCAAGAGGAGCUCAGAGAUCUUCUCAACAAGAUGGUGGCUUCUAAGGAGAAAGUGAAGGAGCUGCAUCAGCAGUAUAAAGAGGCCAGUGAGGUAAAGCCACCUAGAGACAUCACAGCUGAGUUCCUGGUGAAGAGCAAACACAGAGACCUGCAAGCACUCUGCAAGGAGUAUGAUGAGCUGGUGGAGAUGCAGGUCAAACUAGAGGAGAGACUGCAAGAGCUGGAAGCCAACCCACCCAGUGAUGUAUAUCUGUCUUCGAGAGACAGACAGAUUCUUGACUGGCACUUCGCCAACUUGGAGUUUGCCAAUGCCACUCCUCUCUCCACGCUCUCACUCAAACACUGGGAUCAGGAUGAUGAUUUUGAGUUCACUGGGAGUCACCUAACUGUGCGGAACGGAUACUCAUGUGUUCCUGUGUCACUGGCCGAGGGCUUGGACAUUAAACUCAAUACUGCAGUUAGGCAGGUCCGAUACACAUCCUCUGGUUGUGAGGUGAUAGCGGUAAAUACUCGCUCUACCACUCAGACGUUCAUUUAUAAGUGUGAUGCUGUGUUGUGCACUCUUCCUCUGGGAGUGAUGAAGCAGCAGCCGCCAGCCGUACAGUUUGUGCCCCCCCUGCCUGAAUGGAAAACUGCUGCCAUCCAGAGAAUGGGCUUUGGGAACCUGAACAAGGUGGUGCUGUGUUUUGAUAGAGUGUUCUGGGACCCCAGUGUUAACCUCUUUGGACAUGUGGGAAGUACGACAGCCAGUCGAGGGGAACUGUUUCUCUUCUGGAACCUCUAUAAAGCUCCCAUACUGUUGGCUCUGAUGGCGGGAGAGGCUGCUGGUAUUAUGGAGAAUAUUAGUGAUGACGUCAUUGUUGGCCGUUGUCUGGCAAUCCUCAAGGGAAUCUUUGGAAGCAGUGCAGUACCUCAGCCGAAGGAGACAGUGGUGACUCGCUGGCGUGCUGACCCCUGGGCUCGUGGGUCUUACUCGUAUGUAGCAGCUGGCUCGUCUGGCAAUGACUAUGAUCUCAUGGCCCAACCUAUCACACCUGGUCCUGCGAUACCUGGAGCUUCACAGCCUGUUCCACGUCUGUUCUUCGCGGGUGAACACACAAUCAGGAACUACCCUGCUACAGUGCAUGGCGCUUUGCUGAGUGGGCUGAGGGAGGCAGGGAGGAUUGCUGAUCAGUUCCUGGGGGCCAUGUACACUAUGCCACGGCAAGCCACUGCCAACCCAAACCCACAGCCCUCCCCCAGCAUCUAAUACACCUCUAAAUCCAACUCAUGAUGCAGGUAGAGAGAGAGUGAUUAGGGAUAGUCAGUGAAAACGUGUCUUGGUAGAUAAAGAAGGGGAGGGUCAAGUGAGGACACUGGGUGACUCCUUAGACUGGGAAUGUGUGUGCAAGUGUGUGUUUAUGGGAGUUUGUCUACGUGUAAGAACAUGCCUUUGGGAAAAUCAUUCACUAAUCUGAAAGCUGGAUCUGGGAUUUAAAGGAACCUUUUAUUUAGUUCCCUCCUGCUUGGUAUUGCUUCACUGGCUUAAGUCUGGGUCAACUAUAGUGUAAAAGGACAAGUGGAUUGUCACAGAAGAAUUUCCAAGAAUGUCGGAAUUUGCAUGGAAUGUUCGUCUGGUUUGCUCCCCAGUAAGACACAAAAGGACAGAGAAUAUUAUUUAUACUCGACUCAUCUGCACUCUUGACCUUAGUCACAAUGUAUCAUAUGUUUCAAGUCAGAGCAUUAAAAUGAUAACAGUUUGAAGAGGCUCCUUGGUGAAGGACUCAGCUGGCCAGGAGAUGGACAAGAAUAUGUCAAUUGAAAUCCAGUUAUUUUGAUGCAUGCUGUCAAUCCAUUCUCUUUUAUUUUUUCAAAAUAAAACAAAAGAUGAAAAAAAAAAA